GCGGGGCCCCGCGGGCGGGUCUCAGCAGCGCCCACUGCGCCAGCCCUGCCGUAGGUGCCGCCCCCAACACACGGUGUCCCGCCCAAGCUGAUCCGCGUCUGCCAUCGGUCGGUGCGUGCGUGCGCCUCGUCGGUCCGCGUGUGUGUGGCCGAGCGCCCCCUUCCUCUGCGGCCAUGACUCCGCCGCCACCCCAGCCACCGCCCCCGGGUCCGAACCCCGCCGCAAACUCCACCGCGGACCCCGGCCCAGAGCCUGGACCCCUGGUCGUACUGUUCGGGGCCACGGCGGGUGCGCUGGGGCCAGACCUGGGCUCCGAUGAGACCGACUUAAUACUCUUAGUGUGGCAAGUGGUGGAGCCGAGGAGCCGCCAGGUGGGGACGCUGCACAAAUCACUGAUUCGCGCCGAGGCGGCCGCACUGAGCCCGCAGUGCCGCGAGGCGAGUGGCCUGAGCGCCGACAGCCUGGCGCGGGCGGAGCCGCUGGACAAGGUGCUGCAGCAGUUCUCACAGCUGGUGAACGGGGAUGUGGCUCUGCUGGGCGGGGCCCCCUACGUGCUCUGCACUGAUGGGCAGCAGCUGCUGCGACAGGUCCUGCACCCCGAGGCCUCCAGGAAGAACCUGGUGCUCCCCGACACCUUCUUCUCCUUCUACGACCUCCGCAGAGAGUUCCAUGUGCAGCACCCGAGCGCCCGCCUUGCCAGGGACCUCACGGUGGCCACCAUGGCACAGGACUUGGGGCUGGAGACAGAUGCCACAGAGGACGACUUUGGGGUCUGGGAAGUGAAGACAAUGGUAGCUGUCAUCCUCCACCUGCUUGAAGGGCCUGGUGGUCAAUUGUUUUCGAAGCCUGAGGUGAUAAAGCAGAAAUAUGAGACAGGACCUUGCUCUGACCCUGUGCCUUGCCCACACAGCAGCAAGGCCGACGUGGUGGACAGCGAGACAGUAGUUCGGGCCCGUGGGCUACCCUGGCAGUCAUCAGACCAGGACGUGGCUCGUUUCUUCAAAGGUCUCAACAUUGCCAGGGGUGGUGUAGCGCUCUGCCUCAACGCCCAGGGCCGCAGAAAUGGCGAGGCCCUCAUCCGUUUUGUGGACAGCGAGCAGCGGGACCUAGCGCUGCAGAGACACAAGCACCACAUGGGUGUCCGCUAUAUCGAGGUAUACAAAGCAACGGGAGAGGAAUUUGUAAAGAUCGCAGGGGGCACAUCACUAGAGGUGGCACGUUUCCUGUCGCGGGAAGACCAAGUGAUCCUGAGGCUGCGGGGACUGCCCUUCUCGGCUGGGCCAACAGAUGUGCUCGGCUUCCUGGGGCCAGAGUGCCCAGUGACUGGGGGUGCUGAUGGGCUGCUCUUUGUACGCCACCCUGACGGCCGGCCCACUGGUGAUGCCUUUGCACUCUUUGCCUGCGAGGAGCUGGCACAGGCUGCACUGCGCAGGCACAAGGGCAUGCUGGGUAAGCGAUACAUUGAACUCUUCCGGAGCACUGCAGCCGAGGUGCAGCAGGUCCUGAACCGCUAUGCAUCCAGUCCACUCCUUCCUACACUGACUGCUCCACUGCUGCCCAUCCCCUUCCCACUGGCAGCUGGGACUGGGAGAGAUUGUGUACGCCUUCGAGGCCUGCCCUACACAGCCACCAUCGAAGACAUCCUGAGCUUUUUAGGGGAGGCAGCGGCUGACAUUCGGCCCCAUGGUGUGCACAUGGUGCUCAACCAGCAGGGCCGGCCAUCGGGCGAUGCCUUCAUCCAGAUGACAUCAGCAGAGCGGGCCUUAGCUGCUGCUCAGCGUUGCCAUAAGAAAGUGAUGAAGGAACGCUACGUGGAGGUGGUCCCCUGCUCCACAGAGGAGAUGAGCCGUGUGCUGAUGGGGGGCACUUUGGGCCGCAGUGGCAUGUCCCCUCCACCCUGCAAGCUGCCCUGCCUCUCGCCACCCACCUACGCCACCUUCCAGGCCACCCCAACACUCAUUCCCACUGAGACAGCAGCUCUCUAUCCCUCUUCGGCACUGCUCCCAGCUGCUAGGGUACCUGCUUCCCACACCCCCGUUGCCUACUAUCCAGGGCCAGCCACUCAACUCUACAUGAACUACACAGCCUACUACCCCAGCCCCCCCGUCUCCCCCACCACUGUGGGCUACCUCACCACGCCCCCUGCUGCCCUGGCCUCCACUCCCACCUCAGUGUUGUCCCAGCCGGGAGCCCUGGUCCGUAUGCAGGGUGUCCCAUACACAGCUGGUAUGAAGGAUCUGCUCAGCGUCUUCCAGGCCUACCAGCUAGCCCCUGAUGACUACACCAGCCUGAUGCCUGUUGGUGAACCACCUCGCACUGUGAGAACCAGUGGCUUCUUUCUGGCUUGUCCAAGCUCUCAGAAGGCACCCAGAGGAGCUCAAGCCCCAGCUCCAUCCCCUACUUAUUGCUCUGCUGUUCACCCCAAAGAUGAUGGCUGGACCCUGCGUGCAGGGCUGGGGAUGCAAUGGUGCUACCUUGUUCCCAAUGGCCUGAUCUGGGCCUCUUGAGUAGUACCCAGAACGCCUUUGGUCUGUUCUGGCUAUGGCCUAUGCCCACAGCUUCCGUGGGGCUGACGUCCACAGCAGGCUUGCCUUAAAUGGAAGCCCUGGGGCCUUCAAUGCAUGACUCCUGGGAGCUUCUCAGGAGAGAUCCCAGUGGUGGGGGGCAGAGGAACAGAGAGCACUGAUCCCAGCCCCCAGGGUACUUGGACCUCAGUGGCCACCUCGUGUCAGGGGGGUCCCAUCUAAGGGUGCUAGCCCCUCCAGCUUGGCUUAAGGAACAUCAGAUGGCAAAACCACAGGCUGUUUUGAUGGACUGUACUGCAGUAUCCCCAGAAGACACUAGGGGGCAGGAGGCCCUCACACAAAAACUCAGGCUUGACUUUAAAGGGGACUUUCCGCCUACUUUUUGUGCACACCGUGGGCAGGCCAGUUGUCCUGAACUCAGCAGACACCGUGGAAUGUCCUUUGCACCCAUUAGAGGGUGCAGAACUGAAGCUUCGAAAAGAAUUUGGAACUCUACCCUCUCCUCCAUAAAAUAAACAAAGGUUCCUAACCACGUGGACUUUUUAAAAGCCGAAGUGCCCUUAGCUUUGGCCCCCAAAGUGAGGGGCUCCACACCAGCCCCAGACGGAGGAAAACUCAGGCAGAUUUCAAAGAGACUGUUGACCUGUCA